GACUGGGUGAUCUUAGAGGUCUCUUCCAACCUUAAUGAUUCUAUGAUUCUACGAAAGCCACUGCAGUGACUGAUGGAGCCAAACAUGAGAGGAACAAGCAGACCAGUCGUGAGGGGCUGAGUCAUAGUGACAUGUGUGACACUGGAGUGAGGGACCAGCUCCCAGAGGAGUCACUGGCAGACCCUUCUACUGGGCAACAGAAAGCUCAUGGAUAAAGGCCUCCAGGAUCCCAGAGGGGGUGCAGGGAGCUCCAGAACACCCGGGCCAGCUUGCAGCCCUCAUGACAUGCCCUCAUAUCCAGGGCCUUGCAUGACAGGGGGAUUGGAGGGUGGGUAACACCAACAUGUAAACAUGCUGAGCGGGCCGCACCCAUGGUGGGCCCUGUACUUCUGGCUGCCCUGGAGCUGCCAGACCCCAUCAGCCCUGCACCCCAUAGGUGCUUCAGAGGGAGGAGUUCCACCAGAGCUUCUGGUCCACCAGGUUUCUGGCCUGAAGGAGCUGUGGGUGCAGCAUGGAAGGGUUUGGUGGGGCCAUGCAGCGGGUGGGGCUGGGUUGCACGCCUGUAGGCUGCACCUGCUGCAUGCAGGGCAGGAGCGUGUUUUGCACAGAAGAAGCCACUUCCUUUCUUCUGCACUGAAAAGAAAUAAAAUCAGGUGGAGCUCGUUGCUUUCACCCUCUUUAUUCCCAAGCAUACGUGCACCGGGCCUGGAAAAAACUGUGGGAUCUUUGGGUUUCCUUGGUUGUGAUUGAGGCUGGUGGUACCAGCAGGGCGCAUCCCUCCUCUGGCUUCUCCUUCCUUGGGAGAUCUUUGGCCUUUGCCCACCAUCCUGGUGUUGUGGUGCCUUCUUGCACCCAUCAAGCAGCCUUGGGGAUGGACAGGAAUAGUGGAUCUGGCCUGGGGAUGAUGCUUUUAGGUUUUCCACAGAAAACUCUCCUGAUAGGCACAGCAGGAAUGCAGCCAGGAACCUCUCCUGGGCCAGGCAGCACUCACCCCGGUGACCUUGGUGGAAGUAUGGGGUACCUCACAGCCCACAGUGCGUGCUGGGUAAAAGUCGGUCCCAUAUCUGCUCUUGGGUGUGCACUCAGAAGAACCCUGGGCAUUGCCAUGAAGGAGAAGGAAGCUCAAGGACAUCUGAGAACUAUGCAGGUUUGGGUGGCUUAACUAUUGCCAGCUGUGCAGGUAGAAAGCCUGUCUUACUAAGGAAUAUUGUCUCCACAGCAGAUCCUUCCCCUCAAGCAAUAUAGACCCCUAAGCAACAGAAGAAGAUCCAUUCAUAGAUGGUUGUGAGCAAAUUUUCAUUAUUAGUCUUUAAGUCAUAGUGGUUCAUGGCAAUACCAUUCACUGUGUAAUUUCUAUACGCAUGACUCACCAUCCACAAGUACACAGAUUACUGCUGAGUUUAAUGUCGCCCUGUUGUAAAGCAUUACAAAUAUUAUGCAAUUAAAGAAUUGGUUGAGCUUUACUACAGUGAUUUACUACAGUAAUUUAAGUUUAGCUGUGAUCUUAACCUCGACUUUUAUUGGGCUCAGUGUUUUUCAGUAGCACCCUGAAUGCCCCUUGGUGGGAAUUUCCUAGCUAAUUGGGAGUUUUUGGAAGGAAGAAAACAAAGAAAACAAGCCAAAUCAUCACCGCCACCAAGGAAAAACCCCAAACCACUGAGAAGAGAAUAAAAAUCCUCCUGGGAUUUGAAAGUUCCAGCAGUCUUCAGUAAAUGGUGCCCAUGGGGAAGUGCAUCCCACCAGCAGCAGCCUAAAAAUAAAGAUAUUCUUCCACUUAGGGCAAAUUAUCUAACUUUCAAUCUGUGUCUCAAGAAGCAAUGCCUGAUGGUCUCUCCAUCCCUUAAAAGAGGGAGAUUUGCCCCCAGAUGUGCAGUGAGGAGCAGCCUGGGAUGUUCCACACUAUAGACUGCACAAGGGUUUGUCCAGGCUUUGUUGGGUCCCAUCGGGCUUCUGUGGCCAAGGGGCUGAGCAUGUGAAGUAGGGCUGGAGCUGCUCUCCUGGCUCACUUGCAUUUUGUGUCCUCACGGAUGUUUUCAGAGUAAAACCCAAAGUCGGCAGAGAUGUCAGGAGCGAUUGCUGCGCAGGUACAGUCAUUUAUCUGCUUCUACUAAGAAUAACCCCGCAGCAGCCAAAUGCCUCUCAUACAUCGAGAAAAGAAAAAAGAAAAAAACAAAAAAACAAAAAAGCCCAGCGAAAACACAGUUUUACUAAAUCUAAGAAGGAAAAAAAAAAAAAGCCCAAACCUCCCGGUGCUUUUAUAGCGUGAGCCAAUACCGAGAGGCGCUCACUCACACAGCAGGAGCCCUGCAGGGAGGGUCCACACUGAGCCAGGGCAGGAGGAAGGGGAGGAGGGGGAAGCGGAGUGGGUGCACGCCUGUGUCUGUCAGCGUGCCUGUGUCUCUCCGUCUGUUCACACCUCAGCCAUCGGGAGUGGGAGGUAGCGUGGGGCUGUGUGUCCACAGAGCAACAGGACACGGGACACGACCUCAAAACAGCAGCAGGAGAGAGAAGGCUCACGAGACGCUCCAAAAUGGCUGCAGUGGUGGCCACGUCCGCACCUGCCAACAUCACCUCCAACCAGAGCAGCUGCAAUGUGCACAACCACCACUUCUCCGCCAAGGUCACCUUCUCCCUCUUCUACACUGCCCUGCUGGUGUUUGGUGCCUGUGGAAACAUCCUGGCUCUCUGCAUCACCUUUCAGCGCAGGAAGAAGAAACUCAACUCCACUGACCUCUACCUGGUGAACCUGGCUCUGUCCGACGCCCUCUUCACAGUGGCGCUGCCUGGCAGGAUCGCCUACUAUGUCCUGGAGUUUAACUGGCCCUUUGGGGACUGGUUCUGCCGGCUCACUGCCUUUGUCUUCUACAUGAACACCUAUGUGAGCAUCUACUUCAUGACCUGCGUCAGCGUGGACCGCUACAUCGCUGUGGUGCGCACCAGGCAUCCUGGCAGGAUCCGCAGGGUGAGCCGUGCCGGGGCUGUCUGCGCCCUCGUCUGGUUCCUGGUGUUCCUGCAGACGGCACCGCUGCUGCUGCGGCCUAUGACGCGCCGGAUGGGCGACAAGCUGACAUGUAUGGAGUACUUCAACUUCGAGGAGAUUCCCAAGCUGCCCUAUCUGCUCCUGGUGGCCUGUGUGCUCGGCUUCUUCCUGCCCGUGGGCAUCAUCUUGGUGUGCUAUGUGCAGAUCAACCUCAAGCUCUGCCAGACCGCCAAGGAGAACCCACUGACAGUGAGGAACGGGCACCACCGCCGGGCCUUCACAGUCAUCUUGGUGGUGCUGCUGGCCCUCCUGCUUUGCUUCAGCCCCUACCACAUCAACAUCGUCCAGUUCAUGGUCAGGAAGAUCCUCCACCAGCCAUCUUGCCACGAGCAGCAGGCCUUCAAGAUGUCCCUGCAAGUCACUGUGGCAUUCAUGAACUUCAACUGCUGCAUCGACCCCAUCAUCUACUUCUUCGCUUUCCGAGGCUAUAAGCGGAGGCUUCUCCGCAUCUUCAGGAACAGCGGCUCCAUGGCCACCUCCUCCACUGCCAAGACCCCCUCUGAGAGCAACAGCAACAGCCAGCCACCCGGCUCCAGCUCUGUCUAACAUCACGACCCUCCUGUUCUCUCCAUCUGGCAGCGUGUGGACCAUUCCCUGCAGCAGCAGUGGGGCCGGGCUGCAGAGCAGGACCAGACCCCACCGCUCUGCCUGGAACCAGGGGCUCUUGCACAGCCAACACAGCACCAACACAGCUGCUGCCUGCAACUCUUUCCCUGCAGGGAUGAAGAGCAGCUUGCUGCUGUCCCUUCACCACACACUGCACAGGAUGGGUGGCAAGUGGGCACCAUGUGAGCAGAUCCUGGUCCCCUCUGUGGCACUGGGAGGAAGUGCAUGGUUCCCUGCAAUAUUCUUCACCUCACCCUUCCCAAAAAGGGGACUGAUGGUGGUCUUGCACUGCCUUGGCUGACCUUCCCUUCAAUCUGAGGACCUGGGACAUGAGCCAAACCAGGCUGGUCCGGGGGCCUUGCUAAGGGUAGGUCACACAUGACCCUCACCAGAGCCCUGUGGCAUCUGGUUCCCAUCAAAACCUGUACAGCAAGGAGAAGGUUGGUCUGACCAAGGAGCUCCACAGCUCCGCUCUGAAGCUGCUGGACUACAGGGCUGGACACAAGCGAACCAGAUUUCAUGGUCUUGUACUGGAGGUUGGAAGGGACAGAGAUAUGCACAGAGAUAUGAAGAGGAGGAAAACCAGCUUUCUUUUGCUUAACUUUAAAGCAGUUCCAUUAAUGAUACUUCUGAUUAACAGAAUUUGUUCUUGAAGGCAGUAACAUUUCUUGCUUGAAGGUUAAUAAUACAGGUGUGUGCAGCCCUUUAA